UGGCGUGGGAUCAGGGUUAGAGAGAGAUUAACCACAUGGAGGCCUAUAAAGCUUCAGUGUAAUCCGCAUACUGGAGACAAAUUCAGAGCAACAACUAUUCUACAAGCAACAUUUUUGCUCGCAACUCACUUUGUUUUGGACCGCACAGACCUAAUUAAAAGAGAAGGAAACUGAGAUAUUUCGUAUUUUGAGUUGAAAAGACAACCUACAAGCAAAGUAUUUUACUUGUGAAGUCAGAAUAGUCUUCCUCAUCAUCAGCAACACAAAGGUGCAUAGAGGGAAACAUCAUGAAAAAGGGAAAGCAGGUGAAUGAUGACAAUGAGCCCCCCACUUAUCAGGAGGCGACUGCAGGCUUUGAGGAGAUGGAGGCCCAGUUUUCCUGGGACGACAAGACCAUCAGGCGGACCUUCAUCAGGAAGGUCUAUGCCAUUCUCAUGGUUCAGCUGCUUGUGACAGUGGCCAUUGUUGGUCUCUUCUCAUUUUGUGCGCCUGUGAGGUUUUAUAUUCAGACUCAUCCUGGCUUGUACAUGGCAUCUUAUCUCAUGUUCUUUGUCACCUACAUUGCUUUGUCCUGCUGUGGAGACCUGAGGAGGCAGUUUCCUUGGAAUAUCAUUUUGUUAGUUCUCUUUACCUUGAGCAUGGCCUUCAUGAUGGGAUUUGUGGCAAGCUUUUAUAACACCAAAUCAGUUGUCCUGUGUCUGGGAAUCACAGCUCUGGUGUGUCUCUCUGUCACCAUCUUCAGCUUCCAGAGCAAGAUUGACGUCACAUCCUAUCAAGGUGUCUUGUUUUCUUUGUGCAUGGUCAUGCUCCUCUGUGCCAUCACCAUGUCCAUUGCCGUCCCUUUCGGAUAUGUUCCCUGGUUACAUGCCCUUUAUGCUGUGGCAGGAGCCAUCCUCUUUACUCUGUUCCUGGCAUUUGACACUCAGUUGCUGUUAGGGAACAAGCGCUACAGUAUAAGUCCAGAGGAAUAUGUUUUUGCCACCCUCAGCCUCUACCUGGACAUUAUCUACCUGUUCAGCUUCCUGCUCCAGAUCCUGGGAGGAGGCCGCGAGUAAAGCUCCACUUUUCCCAAACAUACAGUACAUCGGUCUCUGCACUAUUUGAACUCUCAACAAACCCAACAACCAACUUGGGUUUAUUACCCUCAUGAACAAGAUGACAUCAGGGCUAUACGGUUUUUGAUGAAUCACUAGUUUUGUUUUCCAUUUUGUUGGUACAUGCAUCAGUGUAAGUGAGAGCAAUCUGUUCUAUGCUUUUGGUUAUGUAAUCUUACAAUCCUGCCGCUGGUUUUGUCACUAUGCCUGCCUGAUGCUGUACUGUGUUACUGUAGUUGUUCACUGUACUCUGGCCAUUCCUGUCAGUCUGUUUUCAUAUUGUACUUGGGGCCUGCUGUGACCCCACCAUCCUACAGUAUGUGUUAAAACAGUCAUUAGGCUUGUAAGUGGAUAACACAGCAGAAAGGUAGAGUAUGAUCAGUAUCCUGCAUUAAUGUGUUCAUCGUAUCCAUCAAUGAGCCAAAAAGGGAUGAUUCAGGAAAUCUGCAAGAGUUUACUUUAAUAACUAACUGUUUCACAAGCUAUGUUCAGUAGAUACAGUUGGUUUAUACUUGUUUUUUAUGCACAUUAUCAUAGACGACAAGUUUAAUGUUUUACUGUAUGUGUGUAACAUAUUUCCAUACUAAAGGCUCAAUUUGAGCAUAGAUAAGGGUCUGAACAAAACCUGAAUAAUGGGAUUUCAACUAAUACUUUUGAAACUGAGACACAACACCAACCAUAAAGGGAAAAGAUAGGUACUUUAACAACAUACUUUAGUUAUUAGAGAUCAGUUGCAAUUUGUAUUGUAACUUUAAUGUGGCCUUUGGGAUGUGAUAGAAAAUUGUUAUUAUCUGAAACGUUCAACUGUAUCGUGAGUAAAACAUGUGACAUGUUGCUAUAUAUUUUUUCUAAAGACAAUGAGCGGUAUCCAUUUGAUUGUGACAUAUUUCAAAUAAAACGGACACAUGAAAAGUA